UCCUCAUCUGCAAUGCUGUUUUCCUGGAGAAGAGGCCCCGGACCUCAUCGCUUGCUGUUGUCGCUUCUGCUCUUCGCAGCCUGGGAGGCGGGGAGCGGUCAGGUCCACUACUCGGUGCCCGAGGAGGCCAAACACGGCACGUUCGUGGGCCGCAUCGCGCAGGACCUGGGGCUGGAGCUGGCGGAGCUGGUGCCGCGCCUGUUCCGGGUGGCGUCCAAAGGCCGCGGGGACCUUCUGGAGGUGAAUCUGCAGAACGGCAUUCUGUUUGUGAAUUCUCGCAUCGACCGCGAGGAGCUGUGCGGGCGGAGCGCGGGGUGCAGCAUCCACCUGGAGGUGAUCGUGGACAAGCCGCUGCAGGUCUUCCACGUGGAGGUGGAGGUGAAGGACAUUAACGACAACGCGCCAGUCUUCAGAGAAAGAGAACAAAAGGUAUUUAUAUCAGAAUCUGCGCCUCUGGACUCUCAUUUUCCUCUAGAGGGCGCUUCAGAUCCGGAUAUUGGAGUAAAUUCUCUUUUGACCUAUAGGGUAAAUGCAAACGAGCAUUUUGAACUUAAAAUAAUAACAAAAACUGAUAAAGGUGUACUGCCGGAACUGGUUCUUAGAAAACCAUUGGAUAGAGAGUCAACUCCAGAGCUUAAUUUAUGGCUCACAGCCACAGAUGGAGGUAGGCCGGAGCUAACAGGAACUGCUCAGAUUCUAAUAACCAUCCUUGAUGUGAAUGACAACGCCCCGGAAUUUGAUAAAACUGUCUAUAAAGUAGUAUUGUUUGAAAACGUCGAAAACGCCACGAGAGUCAUCCAACUGAACGCCUCUGAUGUAGAUGAUGGUUUAAAUAGAGAAAUUAUCUAUGGAAUCAGGAUGAUCCUGCCAGUGAGUGAGAAAUGCUUCUUUUCGAUAAACCAGGAUACAGGUGACAUCCGCAUAUAUGGGAAACUAGAUUAUGAAGAAAAUAAUGCGUAUGAAAUUCAGGUUAAUGCUAUAGAUAAAGGAAUUCCUUCCAUGGCAGGUCAUUGCACAGUUCUGGUGGAAGUUCUAGACUUGAAUGACAAUGCCCCUGAAGUAGUAGUCACUUCACUGUCACUUCCCAUUCAAGAGGAUGCCCAAGUGGGCACAGUGGUGGCCCUGAUCAGUGUGUCUGACCGAGACUCUGGGACUAACGGGCAGAUAACGUGCUCAUUAACACGCAAUGUCCCCUUUAAAUUGGUGUCCACCUUCAAGAAUUACUACUCGCUGGUGCUGGACGGCGCCCUGGACCGCGAGAGCGUGCCGGCCUAUGAUCUGGUGGUGACGGCGCGUGAUGGAGGUAAGCCUGAGCUGACGGGCACAGUUCAGCUACUGAUCUCAGUGCUGGAUGUGAAUGAUAAUGCGCCAGAAUUUGACCAACCCGUUUAUAAAGUCAGAUUGCCCGAGAACGCGUUUAAUGGAACAUUAGUGAUCAAGCUAAAUGCCACAGAUCCUGAUGAUGGCUCAAAUGGAGACAUAAUCUACUCAUUCAAAAAGCCUGCACUGUCUACAGUCGUAUAUGCAUUUAUCAUAAAUUUCACUAAUGGAGAAAUUAGGACAUAUGGUAAUCUGGAUUUUGAAGAAAAGAAAUUAUACGAAAUACUUGUGGAGGCUGUUGACCAGGGGAAUAUUCCAAUGGCCGGUCAUUGUACUGUUCUGGUGGAAGUACUAGACAUAAAUGAUAAUGCCCCAGAACUUACCAUCACUUCUUUGUCACUGCCUAUCAGAGAGGACGCUCAUCCUAGCACUGUUAUCGCCUUGAUCAGGGUGUCCGACUUGGACUCAGGCAACAAUGGGCAGGUAACCUGCACUCUGACACCCAACACCCCCUUCAAGUUGGUGUCCACCUUCAAGAAUUACUACUCGCUGGUGCUGGACGGCGCCCUGGACCGCGAGAGCGUGCCGGCCUAUGAUCUGGUGGUGACGGAGAAGUUUGAGGGGGACCAUUCCCGACUUGUCCCGCCCUGGUCAGCUCUGUUUAACUGUGGACGGCAAAACCUAAGAGUCUUCAGUCUACUGCGGAGCGAGGUUGAGGGUGGAGCACUGAAUGCACCGCUGCACUUGGCUUGGACUCCUUAA